AUGGGAGACAUGGGGGAUCCGCCGAAAAAGAAGCGGCUGGUGUCUCUGUGCGUGGGCUGCGGGAACCAGAUCCACGACCAGUACAUCCUGCGGGUCUCUCCGGACCUGGAGUGGCACGCCGCCUGUCUCAAAUGUGCCGAAUGCAGCCAGUACCUAGACGAGUCCUGCACGUGCUUCGUCAGGGACGGGAAGACUUACUGUAAACGGGACUACGUCAGGUUAUACGGGAUUAAAUGCGCUAAAUGCAACAUCGGCUUCAGUAAGAACGACUUCGUGAUGAGGGCCCGCUCCAAGGUCUACCACAUCGAGUGUUUCCGCUGCGUGGCCUGUAGCCGGCAGCUCAUCCCGGGUGAUGAGUUCGCUCUGCGGGAGGACGGGCUUUUCUGUCGGGCGGACCACGACGUGGUGGAACGGGCGAGCAUGGGCCCUGGAGACCCGCUCAGUCCACUGCACCCCGCCAGACCGCUGCAGAUGGCAGCAGAACCAAUCUCGGCCCGACAGCCUGCGCUGCGGCCUCACGUUCACAAACAGCCAGAGAAGACCACCCGGGUACGGACGGUGUUAAAUGAAAAGCAACUUCAUACGCUGCGGACUUGCUACAACGCCAACCCGAGGCCCGAUGCCCUUAUGAAGGAGCAGUUGGUGGAGAUGACCAGCCUCAGCCCGCGAGUCAUCCGGGUCUGGUUCCAGAACAAGCGCUGCAAGGACAAGAAGAGGUCCAUCCUGAUGAAGCAGCUGCAGCUGCAGCAGCCCAACGACAAGACGAACAUCCAGGGCAUGACGGGCACCCCGAUGGUGGCAGCCAGUCCGGAGCGGCACGACGGCGGCAUCCAGGCCAACCCGGUGGAGGUGCAGAGCUACCAGCCGCCAUGGAAGGUCCUCAGUGACUUCGCCCUGCAGAGUGACAUCGAUCAGCCGGCCUUCCAACAACUGGUCAGUUUCUCAGAGGGAGGACCGGGUUCGAACUCGACGGGCAGUGAGGUAGCGUCCAUGUCGUCUCAGCUUCCAGACACGCCGAACAGUAUGGUGUCCAGCCCCAUCGAGGCCUGA